UUUUUCCAAUGGCUCUUUGUGCUCAGUAGUACAACUCUACAGUCUGUGAACGAACAGAAAUCGGACAGCCAUUGAAGGAAAAUGUCUCGGCCCUCGCACAAAGAAGCACACUCCAUCCCACCUCACACGCUGACCCGGCUGGCACGAGAGUGGCUGGCAGAGGACACACCAAACUUUGACCUGGCAGGAGUGUGCGUGGGGUCACAGGAGGUCGAGGCACGGUUGCUGUGUAAAACACCACACAGUGUCCUGGCAGGGAGCCCCUUCUUCACAGCAGUGUUCACUGAGGUCGGAUGCACCGUGGACUGGAUUCAUCCAGAGGGAGCUGAGAUUGGUCCAAAUGCCAUCACGCUGACUGCUGUGGUGAGAGGCCCUGCAAGGUGUCUCCUCCUCGGGGAAAGGCCGGCUCUCAACUGCCUGGCCCGGGCCUCGGGGAUCGCCACACGCUGUUCUCAGCUCCAGGCAAUGGCAACAGUGAGAGGCUGGCAUGGAGAAGUGGCUGGCACACGCAAAACCACUCCGGGCUUUCGUCUGGUGGAAAAGUACGCCAUGCUGGUUGGCAGUGUGUCCAUGCAUAGACAGGACUUGAGUGGAAUGGUGAUGCUGAAGGACAACCAUGUCUGGGCAUCAGGAAGUAUCACACAGGCUGUGAAAGCUGCCCGGUCAGUGUCUGGCUUCAGCAGUAAGAUUGAGGUGGAGUGCCGCUCUGCAGAGGAGGGCAGAGAGGCAGCUGGAGCUGGAGCAGACAUUGUUAUGCUGGACAACUUUCAACCUCAGGAGCUCCAUGGUGCAGCUCAUGCACUGAAAGAGGAGUUCCCAACACUACUGAUCGAGGCCAGUGGAGGAGUGACUCCAGAGAACUUGGCUUUGUAUUUGUCCCCAUAUGUGGACAUCAUUUCUCUGGGCUGCAUAACACAGGGAUGCCCAGUUGUGGACUUUUCUCUCAAGGUUCAAAAGCCUGUUGUUAACUCAAGCCUGCAAGGAUGAUACAGUAAACAAUGUAGACAAUGGUGUGAGAUAUUGUUCUGAUAAAUAGAGUAGACUUCUUUUUAGUGUGUUCAGUUUUUUCCCAGAACAGCUACGAUUACAGUUAUCUUCUGCUUCUAAAGCAUGAGAAACAAGAAACAAAUCACAUCCUGUUUGCUCACUGUGUUGUCAGUCAUUUAAUAAAAUGAAAACAGAAAUAAGCUUGAACUUGCUUCUUUGCCAGGGCCGUGUAGGUUCAAUGAAGAUUUUAUAGUUCUUCGAAAAGCAAAAUAUGCAAAGCUGCAUUGCCAUAGAGAAACAGCAGUUAUAAGUUAAAAUCAAUCAGCAGAGAUAUCAAAGACAUACAGAAUAAAAGGACAAUUAAGGAAAAUUAUAGGUUAGCAGGCAACCUAUAUGUCCCAACCAAACAUUUUUCUUCUCACUUGAAAUAUUUUCUAAUAGUGGUGUCUAGCCAUGCAUAUCAUUUUGUUUUAGUUUUCCCCAUUUUGAGGUUUAACAUCUGCUGCCACCCCACACACAAUGGAGGUGAAUAGUGCUCACAUCAUUGAAAAAUACAACAGCCUCAUUUCUUUCUAGAAAAUAUGUCCAGAUUAUUUUUGUAUAAUCUACAGACAUCCCAGGCAGCCAAAGUGAAACCGG